AUGGCAAGGAAGGGGAGGUACUGUGGUCGAGAGAAAAAAGGGGAGGGCUUCAGUGCACGGCCACAGCAGAAGCAAAUCUCAUAUCCGCAGCCCUCCCUCAUCUCCCUUCCAGAAGUCCCCGUCCGUCUCCCCCUCGCCGCCCUCUCUCUCCCCCUCUCCAGAAGUCGGAACGGGUCGUCAAUCGUAGCAGCCGCUAUUGUAGCUCGCCGGUCCUGUUGUACGACUGUAGAACUCGCUCCCAGAAGUUUGGGAAAAGGAAGCAAAUCUGGAACGCCAUCUGAACUCUGUAAUGUCCUCCUCAACCACUCACCAUCUCCUCCAAUACCUCCGCUUCCAUCUCUCUCAUCCCCACAAUCCCAAACCCCAUUUUCUCUCUCAUCUCUACCCAACCCACCACCACAAUCCCAACCCCUCUCUUCUCAACCACUAAACCCCAACCCUAACCCAGACCCACCUCCACAACUCGUCAACGACCUCUCCCGAACGCUAAGCGACUACCGAAACCCCCACCACGACCUCGAAUCCGCCCUCACCCCAUUCUCCCCCAACAUCUCCACCAAUUUGGUCGAACAAGUCCUCAAACGUUGUAAAAACCUCGGAUUCUCAGCCCAUAGGUUCUUCCUCUGGGCCCGCCGCCACCCGGGUUUCAAACCCACAAAAGAAACCCAUCACAUUCUUGUUAGCAUCUUAGGAAGUAGCAAACAGUUCCCGUUGAUAUGGGAUUUCCUUGCAGAGUGGAAAGACACUCAGUGUUGCGAAAUCGGGCCGGAAAUUUUCUGGGUUGUUUUCAGAGCGUACAGUAGAGCUAAUUUGCCUGCUGAUGCGAUUCGGGCUUUUGGUAAAAUGGUGGAUUUUGGUGUUGGGUUUGGCAAUGAUGAUGUUGAUAAGUUGUUGUAUGAGCUUUGUAAAAGGAAGCAUGUUAGGCAUGCCCAGGGUUUGUUUGAUAGAGUUAAGUCUGAGGUUGAGCCUAGUGCGAAAAGUUAUAUUUUGAUGCGAGGGUGGGGGAUACCUGAUUCACGUAAAGUGUUUGAUGAAAUGCUUGAGAGGGGGUUGUUAUUAGAGAUGAGGAAAAGUGGGUGUUGUGUGGAUUUGCUUGCUUAUAAUAGCAUGUUACAGUCUUUGUGCAAAGGAGGAAGUGUGGAGGAAGCUUAUAAGCUGUUCCGCGAGAUGGGGUCUAAAGAACUUGAACCAGAUGUGUUUACCUACUCGAUUUUCAUUCAUGCUGCUUGUGAUGCAAAUGACAUUCAUUCGGCCUUUCGGGUUCUGGACAGAAUGAAAAGAUAUGAGCUUGUGCCAAAUGUGUACACUUACAAUGCUAUUAUCAAAAGACUCUGUAAGAAUGAUAGGGUGGAAGAGGCUUACCUGCUACUAGAUGAGAUGAUAGAGAGAGGUGAGAGACCAGAUGUAUGGAGUUACAAUACCAUCCUAGCUUGCCACUGCGAUCAUAAUGAAGUCAACAAGGCUCUUAGGUUGAUUUCAAGAAUGGACCAAGAUUCAUGUUUGCCCGACCGGCAUACAUAUAAUAUGGUGAUCAAAAUGCUAAUUAGGAUAGAGAGGUUUGACAGAGUCACAAAGGUUUGGGAGAGCAUGGAAGAGACGGGAUUUUAUCCUUCAGCCUCCACAUACGCUGUGAUGGUCCACGGUUUUUGUAAGAAGAAAGGAAAACUAGAGGAUGCAUGUAGAUACUUUGAAAUAAUGGUUGAUGAAGGAAUACCACCAUAUUCUUCUACCUGUGAAAUGUUGAGGAACCGACUGAUAGGGUUAGGGUUUUCAGAGCAGACACACAUACUUGCGGAUAAGAUGGAAAGAAGUACCUCUUGUAACAUACAAGAGCUGUCUGAUAUUAUGAGAGGUGAAAGGGGCGGUGCAAGACUAAGAAGAGAAGGAGAAAGCUCGGACGACAGUGGUGAGUAAUGGCAAAGAGUUUAUUAUGAGAUGGUGGCUGUCUCAUCCUCUGUGCUCCGAGUUUGUUUGUUACAGAUGACUUCAGACCUAAUGGUGGCUCAUAUUGGCUAUUACAAUCAUGUUCCAGUCUGUCAUUCAAUAUGUUGAAGGUUAAUGUGCUGGCAUGCUAUAUUUCUGAGAAUGAGACUGUUUACUCAUAAGAUUAAAAUGGGACAGCGGAAAUAUAUUUCUAUUGUCUCACUGAAUAAACAGCAGUUGCGGUCGAUAUGUUGCUCGGUUCACCCAGUGUAGAAGCCUGGUAGGAGCUUAAGUUUGUGGUGUGGUUUUCAGCGAAGUAGGAAAGCAUACGGCAUUGUUUUGAGACUUGAGUCCCAAUCCUCCAUUUUAGUAACUUUGACGUUGAAUCCUUAGUAAGUUUUGGUUACAAUGCCUAGAGAAGGUACAACCAGUUGGUGGUAAUGUAGCGUAUGUAUCUCAACCUGGUUGACGAAGAGAUCUGAUGCUUUUGUUUUGGUGGCAUAUCUCAUACUCCUAACUUGUAGUACCUGGAAUUUCUGGCAUGCGGUACUUGAAGUUUGGAAGAAACAAGGUGAACAAGCUCUUGCAAUUGGAAAUUACUCUUUACUGCCCUGUUGACAUGCUUGCUCAUGCCUCCAGUGAGGUGUGGGACCCACCAAUGAAUAUAUGGAUAGGAAGAAGAUGAAUGGGGAUCUUAAAGGUGAAGGGCCAGAAAUACGAGGAUGGAGAUGAGGGAGUUGAUGGUUGGGCCAUCUCCUUGAAAGCAAUGAUGAACGUUGUAGUGCUGAUGGGGCUUACGAUCUGUGGUCUUUAUUGGUGGGUGAAAGAAGGAGAAACCGAAGAUGGGGACAAUGGAAAGCACAAAGUUCUUACAUCAGAGAUCUUGCCACUUUGGUGGUUGCUUAUGGUAUUAGUAUCAACCUGGUUGAGGUAACAUGGAAAUCAAAGCUCAAGGCUCAGUUUCCAAGCCCAAACGAGUACUCUUCAUUCAUGGGUGACUUCUCAACUGCGACUGGGAUAGUGACUUUCAUAGUGAUGUUGCUAAGCUAAUGGAUAUUUGACAAGGAUGGUUGGGGAGCCACAGCCAAGAUCACACCGACUGUCUUGUUUCUUACGAGAGUUGGCUUCUUUUCUCUAAUUCUGUUUGGUGAUCCACUUGCACCGGCUAUUGUGAAGUUUAGGAUGACUCCUCUUCUAGCAGCUGUAUAUGUGGGCGCUAUGCAGAAUAUUUUUUAGCAAGAGUGCAAAGUACAGCUUGUUUGAUACCUGCAAAGAAAUGGCCUAUAUUCCUUUAGAUGAGGAAACAAAGGUUAAAGGCAAAGCUGCCAUCGAUGUUGUUUGCAACCCCCUUGGGAAAUCAGGAGGUGCUCUGAUCCAACAGUUCAUGAUCCUAACUUUCGGGUCACUUGCAAACUCAACCCCUUACCUUGGUGGGAUACUACUAGUGAUUCUUCUUGCCUGGCUAGCGGUAGCCAAGUCGUUGGAUACCCAGUUCACUACUUUGCGUGAGGAGGAAGAACUCGAGAAGGAGAUGGAAAGAGCAGCCCUCAAGAUCCCAGUUUUGGCUGAAAAUGAAGGCGGGAAUGGUUCUCUUUUGAUUGGGGGGCCAGCAUUGAAUCCAACAGGAGGUGACUUGCCAAGUAGUUCGUCUUCUGGAACCUCAACUCCUCGAAAUUUAUGAAAAGUUGGUAGUCAUGGUUUGCAAAACAAGAGUAACGAGCUAAACGAUAACGAGUUAGUAUUUCUAUCUGCAUUGUUGGUUGUAGGAUUUGAUUUGCAGGCAUAUUAGCUGUUGUUGACGGUAGGAUUUUGUUACUUUUUGAUUUAUAGAGAGAAUCAGUAUUUUUUGGUUUCUGGAUUUUCCUCCAAUGUUAGGCAAUGAUCAUCCAAAACAAUGCAGCCAUGUUACUCAUAAUGUUUUGGUUUAGGAUUAUUAGAUGCCAUGAACUUAUUAUUCCAUUGAAUCCAUUCUAUUUGAGUUG